AUGGUUAAGUCUGUUGCACAGUCCUUGGUCGACUUCAACUUCAAUUCUGACCCUCUGUUCAGUUUUGCCGCCCACCCCACAGAAAAUGUGCUGGUGGUUGGUUCUGGAACCGGCCAGGUCAAGCUGAUGAAAGUUGACGUUGAGAAGCUGCAAGAUCAGCUAGCCAAGUCUUCAGACGGGCUUCCUGCACAGUACGACGUCAAGCCAAAAGAGCUUGAUGGUCCUGACGCAGUCACCUUGGGAUGGCGCACGAAAAGACACCAGGGAAGUUGUCGGUCCAUCAUCUUUGACGCCAAGGGAGAGCAUGUCUAUUCUGCAGGUCUGGACAGACAGAUCAAGAAAGCCAAGACAGAGACCGGAGCAGUGGUGGCCAAGUCGGCAAUUCUGGACUCCAACAUCACAGAGCUGGUUGCGGCCCCGAACAAGAACUUUCUCAUCGUUGGAACAGAGGACGGUGACCUUGUUUGUCUUGAUUCCAACACCUUGAAGCAGAUGUACCAUAUUCCCAAAGUUCACGAGGACGCUAUCAGUUCUUUGAACCAUUUCGUGCCGAAAUCGGACUAUCAGUUCGUAUCCACCGGCUCCACAACCCUCGCACACGUGGAUAUCCGUAAAGAACAGCCGUUGCAACAGAGCGACGACCAGGAAGAUGAGCUGCUCUCUUCUGGGUGGCUCGACCCAACAAACCCAAACACGAUGCUUUGUGGUAUGAGCGAGGGAGUGGUCACUGUCUGGAAGCCAGAGAUGAACAAGUUCGCAGACCAGAUCUCCAGAAUCCGCAUAAACAGAGAGCCUGUCGAGUCGGUGAUAUCUGCUUUGGACACAGACGGCGACUUUUUCUGGGCCGGAUCGUUCGACGGGACGGUCGCGAAGGUGAACAGCCGUCUGGGCAAGGUUGUUGAGCGCAGAAUACACAGCGAAACGGACGAGGUGUCGUUUUUGGAUAUUGACAACGAGUACCGACUCAUCAGUGGUGGAAUGGACAAACUGACGAUCUGGCAGGAAGGCGAGCAGGGAAACGACGACGAGGAAGACGAGGAAGACGAGGAAGAAUGGACUGGGUUCAGCGGCGACGAUUCAGAUGCGUCCUUGGACUCCUUAUCAGACUCUGAGUCAGCAGAGUCAGCAGAGUCUUCAGCCUCAGAGGACUCCGACUCCGACGACGAAAAACCUGCUGUGCCACUGGCAGACAUCAAAGACAAACUGCUUGCACGGCUGGAGGACUCUGACGACGAAGAGCCGCCGAAGAAACGCAAAAAGCCAGUUAAGCAGAAGCAACAGAAGCAACAGGCUCAGGAACAUGGCAUCCGCAAAUUUGACGGCCUAUAA